AUGAAAGUCAGCCAGCUCUAUAUUUACCCGAUCAAAUCCCUACGACCGACCUCCAUCACUGAGGGCAUCCUCACUCCGCGUGGUCUGCAAUAUGACCGCCGCUUCAUGCUGCUCAAGGUGCAGCCCGCCACCGACAACUCCGGAUCCACAACGCUGAAGAACAUGCACGUCACCCGCGCCCCGGAGAUGGGCCUAUUCCAGACCGACAUCGAAAUCCCCCAGGGCGAAGAUGACCGCGGGAAGGUCAUUGUUUCGCACCACCCCCCGUCGCAAUCAUCAUCGGCAGCACCAGGCUCGGAUGCCGAAGUCUCCUCCGUCAACAAACUAGAGAUCCCGCUCCAACCCGAUGUGAAGAACCUCAAGUCGUUCGAGGUCGUCAUGCACCAGAGCCCGACCACCGCGUACGACAUGGGCGCAGAGUACAACGAGUGGUUCAGCGCGUGCUUCGGCUAUCCCGUGGUCCUCGCAUAUAUGGGGGAUCACUGGCGCGAAGUGCUAGGUACCCUAGCGCCGGCGAAACAGAAACACAGAAACGGCCAGUGGUGGCAGACCUGGCAAGACUCGCUGCUAUCCCCGAGCGGCCUCGAGAAAUGGAUCCACCCCAUCCUCAUCGUGAGCUUCUUCAUCAAUGCCAUCUAUCAGACCAAAAGCUAUAUCCAGAACGGCAUGUCGCCCGAAGCCGCUAAGGCGCUACUCCCCGCCGCACUCGCUGGAGUCGCCCUCGUGGUCUACACGAUCACGAACAAAGACGACGAUAACAAACAGGAACAUGAAGACGGGAUCAGCUUCGCCGACUGCGCGCCGUACCUCGUCAUCUCCGAGACCUCCGUCGACGACGUCUCGACACGGCUCCCUGACGGCGAGGAAAUGGACCACACCAAGUUCCGGCCGAACAUCGUGGUGUCGGGGGCCGAGACGGCCUUUGAGGAGGAUUUCUGGACCAAAUUGGCCGUGGGCUCGGACCGCGUCUCGCUGCUCUUGACGGGGAACUGUGUACGGUGCCAGAGUCUGAAUGUGGACUUUGCCACGGGCAGGAUGGGCGACGGCGAGUCUGGGGCUGUUCUGAAGAAGCUGAUGAAGGAUCGCCGGGUGGACUCUGGCGCCAAGUUUAGUCCCGUGUUUGGUCGGUACUCGUUCUUGGAUCAUGCUGGUGAUGGAAUGAGUAUUCGGGUCGGCGAUGAGGUGGUGGUCCAAGAGCGUGGUGAGGAGAGGUCUGCUGUUGACUGGCCCGGGUUGACGAACUGA